AUGCCAGCUUCAAAAAACCGGCUGGUGUUUGCAGCACUUUUUGUCAUCUUUGGAUUGACCCACAGUCAAAAGUUACCAAGUUUUGACUUGCUGGAGGAGUUCCGUGUAUCUGAGUCCAGAGGAGUGAAGAGAGUGGACGGGUCCAAACCAGAGGCAGUGGCCUACCGCAUCAACCCCUCCAUCCACCUGCAAAAAACCACAAGUGAGAUAUAUCCUGAUGGGCUGCCUGUGGACUACUCAGUCAUCACCACAUUUAAAGUCCCCAAAGACACGGCCAAAAAGUCGUGGAAUCUGUGGCAGGUGAGCGACUCCAAAGGCAAAGACCAGGUGGGGCUUCGCUUCCACCCCGGGACACGCUCGCUGGACUUCUUCUACACCAGCCCUCAUGGAAGCCAGAUGCUGCGCACGUUCUCUGAGGUGGAGAGGCUAUUUGACGGAGCGUGGCACAAACUGGCUCUGAGUGUGAAGGGAGGUCAGGCCAAACUGCUCAUAGAUUGUGAAGAGGUCAGCGUGCAGUCCAUAGACCAGGAGAGGCCUGUGAUGCGCAGGGGGUACACGUCCAUCGCCAAACGGGCUGCUGAAGACCGCUCUGUGUCUGUGGACCUACAACAAAUGGAGGUGUCAUGUGACCCAGAGAAGGCCUACACAGAGGGCUGCUGUGAGCUUGUGUGUACAUGUGGAGGUUACGCCGAGAUCGGCUUGACAGCUGGAGGAGCAUCGUGUAAAUGUAUGCAUGGGCAACCAGGAAUCCAGGGGCCUCCGGGGCCAAAGGGUCACAGAGGUCUCCCUGGAAAGCCAGGAGACAUGGGAAGACAAGGCAACUGGGGCAUACGAGGAGCCACAGGUGAUUAUGGAAAUACUGGUGAACCUGGUCAAAAGGGUGAACAAGGAAUCAAAGGCGAGAAAGGAAUGAGAGGGCUAUGGGGCCAAGUGGGAGACCGAGGUCCUAAGGGUUUGAAGGGAUUGAAAGGCGCAGCUGGCUUUAAGGGGGUUCGUGGACCACCUGGAGUCAUUGGAGAGACUGGAAAACAAGGAGAAGUGGGCGCUAAAGGAGAAAAAGGAUUUGAGGGUAUUCCUGGCUAUCAGGGAGUCAAGGGAGAGAAAGGGACGAUGGGUGUAGUCGGGCAGCCUGGACCGCGAGGAAAGCAGGGGAUUGUGGGAGAUCCUGGUGAAAGAGGGGUUUCCGGACAAAAGGGCAAGCCUGGAAUCCAAGGGCCACUUGGCAGACGUGGAGGUGUGGGACAGAAGGGCAUUAUUGGAGAUCCAGGAUUACCAGGAAGAGACGGUGACCCGGGUAUAGAGGCUUACCAAGGUCCACAAGGCAGCAUCGGGAAAUUGGGAAAAGUUGGAUCCAAGGGUGAAAAAGGUGUCCUGGGCCCACGAGGAGAAAUGGGUCCCCAAGGCCAGACUGGUCCAAGAGGUUACAAAGGCUCUGCGGGGAAGCCAGGGCGACCCGGAUUUAUCGGCCCACCAGGACCUGUUGGACAUGUGGGUGUGCCGGGAAAACCAGGUGCCAAGGGGGACACAGGAAUCCAGGGAAUUGGAGGAGUUAAAGGAGGACAGGGCACAAAAGGAGUAAAAGGGCCCAAAGGAAAGGUGGGAGAUGGUGGGAAGGUGGGGCCUCAGGGAGCCCAGGGGAAGCGCGGUCCAGCGGGCCCACCUGGACAGAGUGGUCCCACAGGAGUGAAGGGCGUCCGAGGGGAGAGUGGACCAGAUGGAUUUCGUGGGCCUCCAGGUCCUCCUGGCCCGACGCUGCCAGCCCAGCAUGUUAUCGAGGUCUGUAAGAAAGUGGUCCUAGAGCAGAUGUCCACCUUCGCCAACUCUGUCAAGAGGACCUGUGCUGCAGUCUGUCCACUCUAUGGAGACGUGCCCAUGGGUAAACCUGGGCCUCCCGGUCCCAAAGGGCCUCCUGGACCUCCAGGUGACCCUGGUCUCGAUGGAGCAGAGGGUGAAGUGGGACUCCCAGGAUUUUAUGGAGAAGCUGGGGAUCUAGGUCGCAAAGGGGAAAAAGGUGGAAGAGGUGAGGCCGGAGAUAAAGGCCCUAAAGGGUACGGACCACCAGGACACCCAGGAGACCAGGGACCCAAAGGUCAGCGCGGGCGUCCGGGAAGAGCCUUCAACGGUCAGCCCGGGAAGCCCGGUGAGAGAGGUCAUGUCGGCCGACCGGGGCUCAGGGGUCAUGCUGGUCUUCGCGGGCCCCCAGGGGUCUGUGUUACCUCUGGGUGCGCCCCUCUGAAUGCCACCCUUGGGACACCCGCCUCCAGCCCAGCAACAAGAGCAGGGGGCCGUUCAGGAGCACGGCCAGGCCCUCGGAGGAGGACUCGACCCUAAAGAGACAGAACCAAUAUCAGACUACUGUUAAUAUGUGUUUACUUCUAUACAUUUAAACUGUAAAUAGGCAUACACGGUGAAACAUGAGAACAAGUGACUUAAAAUA